AGCCAGGGGACAGUCUCCAAAGAUCCCGUCUGACUCAUUUCCCAUCCCCACCCCGUAAUUCCUUUUCUGUGGAGUUGGAACAAAUUGUCACGAUCAUUGUCAACUUUAAGAGGAUGCCAGCUAUAAUAUUAUUUUUAGAUCAGACAGUCGGGAAGAUACAGGAAGAUAUCUGAAGACACAAGCUAUUUUCACAGAAGAAUGUGACACAGGUUUCACAUCCUAUUGCUUAGAACCCCUGGGUAACUCACCUUGUAAAGCAGGAAGCACCUGGGCUGAGAUGUAUGUUUAUAUAAACACACAUAUAAGGCACUUACGUGAAGCAAGGAAAUCCACACAGGAGGCAGCAAAUUCUUCACAACUUCCUGGAAAAGAAAGUAAUGGUCUUGCUCAGCUUAUCUGUGUGUCUGGCUGUAUGGUUGCAGCAACCCACGGUUAAGGCCUCUAGCCAUGUUACUGCUUCAAUGAACACUGUCAUACACCAGAAGGAAAUUGUUGAGAAGCACAAUGCCUUGCGGAGAAGAGUGCAGCCACCUGCCCGCAACAUGCUGAGGAUGGAAUGGAACAUAGAUAUUGCAAGAAACGCCAAGCGGUGGGCAAGCGAAUGUGCUUUCAAACACAGUUCAGCAAGGAGCAGAACAAUACAAGACAAAAGCUGUGGUGAAAAUCUCUUUAUGUCAAGUCGGCGUCAUUCUUGGUCUAGGGCCAUUCAGACAUGGUAUGAUGAAGUAAAAUUCUUUCGGUACGGUUUUGGACCAACAUCAGAAAACCGUGUAAUUGGCCAUUACACUCAGGUGAUUUGGUAUAAUUCAUACCAAGUGGGAUGUGGUAUCGCCUACUGUCCUUAUCAGCCAGACUACAAGUACUUUUACGUUUGCCAGUACUGUCCUGCAGGGAACCGGGCAGACAUCAUGAACACUCCCUAUAAAACAGGAAAGCCAUGUGAGGACUGCCCAAAUGCUUGUGACAAAGGAUUAUGCACCAAUCCAUGCAAGUAUAUGGAUAAAUUCCGUAACUGUCCAGAUUUAAAGAAUCGGUGGGGAUGCAACCAUCAUCUAACAAAAGACUGCAAGGCUUCUUGUAAAUGUACCACAGAAAUAAAAUAAGGCUCCAGAAUAAAUUGCCUG